AUGUACUUCCAGCAGUACUGGCGGGACAAGCGGCUGGCCUACAUGGGGAUCCCUCUGAACCUGACCCUGGAUAACCGUGUGGCGGACCAGCUCUGGGUCCCGGACACGUACUUCCUCAACGACAAGAAGUCCUUCGUCCACGGAGUCACGGUGAAGAACCGCAUGAUCCGGCUGCAUCCGGACGGAACGGUGCUCUACGGACUCAGGAUCACCACCACCGCCGCCUGCAUGAUGGAUCUGCGUCGUUAUCCUCUGGACGAACAGAACUGUACCUUGGAGAUAGAAAGCUAUGGAUACACCACAGACGACAUAGAGUUUUACUGGAAAGGAGGUGAAGCGGCCGUGACCGGAGUGACCCGCAUCGAGCUGCCGCAGUUCUCCAUCGUGGACUACAAGCUGGUGUCCCGGAACGUGGUCUUCUCCACUGGUAAGAGCUGGACCGGACUAGACUAG